ACUUCAACUUUUCUCAAGAAUGUUUGCAGAAUCUUUAAUUAGUCUCUCUCAGUUCAUUACCAAAUCCUUCAUCAUCGUCUCCCUCUCCGUCUUCUCUCUCCGUCUCUUCCUUAGACUCGCUUCCUUCCUCGUGACCCGUCCCUGGCGCCGUUACCGUACAUUCACCAUUCGCCACCGCCGGAGAUGGAGGAAGAUAACGGUGGAACCGUACUGUUCUAUUUGUCUCCAAGAUGCGUCGGAGGGAGAGAAGAUGAGGCGAUUAGCGGCGUGCGGACACUGUUUCCACGCCGAGUGCAUCGAUCCAUGGCUGGAGGAACGGUCGACGUGUCCUGAGUGCAGAGCUCAGAUUCCGCCGGUGCCGCCGGAGUAUCCUUUAAUUGCUUUAGUUGUUCCUCCCGGCGUGAUCGAGUUGUUUACCAAGUAACUUUAACUUCCCACAACUUUAUUAACUAAGACUUAAAGUGAGUUUGUAAUAAGAUUAGAGCAUGAUUAUC